ACGUUUGCCUCGCACCGGUUACAGUGGCUAGAACGUUGGGGAUUUGCAUGUUCUACCCGUGCUUCAGGGGUUUCUUCUGGGUACUCUGGUUUCUUCCCCAAGUCCAGUCCAAAGACAUGCACUGUAGGCUGAUUAACAUUUCCAAUUAGUCUCUAGUGUGUACGUGUGUGAUUGUGCCAUGCGACGGAUUGGCACCUCGUCCAGGGUGUCCCCUGCCUCAUGCCCCAAGUCCCCAGGGAUAGGCUCCAAGCCCCCUGCGACCCUGUGUAGGAUAAGCGGUAGAGGUGGAUGGAUGAUCAUGAAACAUAAGUCAUUGGCCUGUGUUUCAGUUCUGAACUGUGGUGACAAGAUCGUGUCAUCUACCACCAAACAAAUCACGCUUUAGCUGAUGUGUGUAGUGCAGCAGGUGGUGAGAUUCAUGAACAAGUAGCUCACAAUAUAGUUACAGUAUCGAGGUGACUCACACCACCAAAAAUAACCAAGUUUAAACAAAGCUACAGUUGAAGUUGUUUUGCUAAAGUCAAUGAGUAUUUUCUUUUGUUUGUUGAGCCUACUUGUUCGGUGACCAACUACAACAUAGCAUGGACAUGAAAUCUGCCAGUCCUGGGCUACUGAUUUGUCAACUUCCGUACUGGAUGACGGGAGCCAAAUCUCAAUAAUAUGUCAAAUGCUGUGUCUAUGCAGAUACUAACAUGUUAGUAAAGGGGCAAAGAAUCCCAGUAACAUCCGCUUGUGCCUGAUGUACCUCAAGUAUCUGCAUUCCAGCUCUGUCUCUGUUCAGCCCAGAGCACACCUCAGUUUUAGCAUUUUACCUUACAGAUCACCACCUCCAGCUUAAACUGAGCUCUGUGUCAUCCUGGCAAGUCCAUCAGUCUAAAAUAAUACCAGUGUCAAACUUGGUUCUUUAGCACCACUACCAUCAAGGAACCUUGGGGCAACGAUUGUGUGGUGUUCUCUGGACUGACGAAUGGGUAAGAGCUGAGUAUCUUCAUCAUAUCAGGAAGUAGAGAAAAUCUUGUGAAUCGUGAUGGCUGAGCCCAACAUUGUGGGGUUCGGUUGGAAGAGGAGAGGAUCAAGCACGGAUACUUGAGGUACAUCCAUCCGGGAUGUAUUCCCAGCUUGUGCCCAGUAUUCCUGGAAUAGCUUCCAGAUCCAUUGCGACCCUGACCAGGAUAACUGAAGAGCAAUUAAUGAAGAAUGAUUAGGCAUCAUUGCUGGACUGCUGGAUUUUUGACCAAUUUUUCUAACUCUCCUGUGUAGCGUUACUUAAUCUAGUUGUUCCAUGGUUCUUGAUUCAGGUUCUUUUCCUUGCCUUUAAUUCCUUGGUAGAUCCUCGGUUCUGCGAUACUUGUGUCUGGCUCUGCAAAACUGCUAGACACUUGCAUUGAAAAGUCUUUGAAAUAAAACUGUCUGUAAAAUGAAUAAAUGGAAUAAUUCGAUCCCGGAUCUGCGUUGUUCAUUGCCUUGUUCAAAGACCCAUUUUACAUCACGCCUUUAGUCUAUAUAUUUUUUUUGCAAUUAUCUCCUCUACUAUUAUCCCCUGCUCCAUAAAAAUCGACCUCACAUUUCCUCCAAAUGCAGUAAUGCAGUGGCCCCUAUGGGCCGCCCUGUCUAAACAAACUUCUUUUCAUUUCUCUCCUUUCCCUCAUUGGACAUGUUCAAACUGAUUGAUCGUGGCUUUUUAAUUGUAUCCUUGUAUUAUGGGGUUUUUUUUUGGGGGGGGUUGGUGUUUGUUUUUUUUUUUGGUUCUUCAACCAGACAGCAACACUGAGGUAAAUAGUGCACAAGUACAAGUUUCCAGCAGAGUCCGCACUUCUGUAGCUGUGUGUUCUCCUUGGUGGUUUCCCAAAGACAGGAAAGACGCCCUCGUUCAGGCUGAACUGUUGGCCGGGUUGCCAGAUUUCACACUGCUGUUGCUCCUUCCUACAACUGAAGGAGUUUAUAGAAAUUUCUUUUUCAACAAAUGGAAUAUUAAACAACCAACAUAUUCACAUCAGUACAGGGAGAAUAAACGGUCAGUAAUUAAUCCCAUGGAUGGAAAUCAACCAUCACGAUGAACUGUACAAGUUUUGUCUUCUUUUUUUCUGUGGAUAAGCAUAUUUCAGCACGCACGCUUUUCUCCAUUCAGAAAGGAGAUUCUAAGGAGAUUCUCCAUUCAAAUGCUCUCUGGGAUAGGCUCCAGGUUGCCCCGCGACCCUGAAGAAGGAUAAGCGGUAUACAAGAUGGAUGGAUGGAUUUAAUGUUAACAAAUAUAUUAAAGUGGAUUAUUGUACGUUUCUGUGGAACGAAGCACCGAGAUCACUGAGAAAGUUCGUAAGGAAACUACUCCGAACGGAAGGAAGAAUUGAGAAACGAGGCUGGGGCUGAUUUCUUUUCAGCCCGGACUGUACUUGUAGCUUCAUUCGUCCUAUCCGUGACAGUCGUGUCAGGUGAUUACGCAGUGGCGCCCCCUAGAUUUGUGUUGAUAUUUUUCACACAGUGGCAUGUAUAAAUCUCGCCUAUGAAUUCCUCUAUACGUAGUGCCUCACUAGCAGCUGAAUUAGUGCUAUUGUGACCAAAGACAGCCGACAUCAAAUUUCUGGCAGUGUGAGAAAGGACGGCCGAAUAAGAUGAAGAUGAACUUAUGGAGCAGCUAUGAAUAUGGUGAUGGUGAAACAUGGCAUUUUUAAUUUCUCGUCGCAAUGCGACGAGGGACACGGCAUGGAAGGAAACGGUGGAAUCGAGAGGAUCCUCGUCGUAUAGAAGUCAGAAUGGGAAACGUGAAUAACUCCAGGUAGUAGUACCAUAUAUCUAGUCUGAAUUGAUAUGUUGACAUGGUAGAGUGCAUUAUAUCCUGUGGUAAAGGGGGUUUUCUUCAGUAUAAAGACGCUCCGAAAAGUCUUUUCCGAUUCGAAACCAAGUCAAACUUCAAUCGCAGGGCAAUAAAGUAUUACCGGAAGAAGUGUGGGAGGAACUGGAGGUUUGGGGUUGAGUUAGUGAGCUUCUAGCACAGCUAUGUGUAUAGCUUAGAGUAGCUACAUGCUAGGAUCGAUUGAGAGCAGCUUUUGAGUGGCCACACCCCUUCAAAAUAACAAGCGCUCAGAAUAAAGGACAAAACAAUUGGAUUGUAUUAUAGUGUAUUGUGACCCCCGGGUUGGGGUUUCGAGUCCUGCCUCUGUGCCGUGUGUGUGGAGUUCGCAUGUAGACCCUCCACUUGCUUCGGGGCUUUCCUCCGGUGUCCUCCCCGAGUCCAAGCACGUGCGUGCGUUGUAUGCUGAUUGGUCUCUCUAAAUUGUACGUAGUGUGUGUUUGUGUCCUGUGAUGGGUGGGAUCCCUGCCUUGUUCCCUGAGAGAGGGUCUGGGGCCCCUAUGACCCUGUGUCGGAAAAUGGAUGAUUUCAUGUGAAUUACAGACAUGUCUAUGUAUGUAUGUAUGUAUGUCGUAGUCCUGACGUCACACACAAACAGAUUCCCAUGUGGUCUGAAUAAGGAUUGGAGCAGCACUUCGACAAGUUCUGUGUUGUUUGACCCAAUCUGGCAACCCAUGGUGUUGUGCUACGGUGCUGAACUGAAGCACAGAGUGAUGAGAUGAAGCUCUCCAUCAUCAGCACGGUGUCUGAGCGCUGCGCCGGGCAUCUCCACUGCACGUCCAACUUUCUCUCUUCUUUCUGCUCAGAGGAAGCGUAAUGACUGCAUCCACUCUCCGAGUGCGGGAUCUUUAUUUUAAACCCCACAGCCCGGCCCAAAGCGGUAGAUAUGAGACCUUUCUCCUUUUCUGGGAAGAAGGUGAUUGAAAUUCCGCAGAUGGAUGGCGAGCUAAUCGGAAAACACCACAGGGAAGUCUGACAUCUGUAUUUUAUCCUUUUUUUUUUUUUUUUUUUUUUUUUAAAUAAUUAUAAAUAUACACACACGCACGCGCGCUUUAUUCUGGAUCUUUUUGGGGUUUUUAUUCGCAUCUCCCUCUCUCUCUCUCUCUCUCUCUCUCUCUCUGCGAUAUGAAGACAGAAAGGAGGAAUAAUGUUUACGCGAAACGUGUCCGUGGAUCUUUCAUCCUCCUCCUCCUCCUCAUCAUCAUCCAGGUCGAUUUGAACCGGCUACAUGGAGCAUGAGCACUAAUCCUUCCUGAUUUUUUUUUCUUUUUUUUUUCUUCUCUCUUGUUUUUUUUUUUUUUUUAUUGGAGGGGGGAAAUCCAAGACGGAUUAUUUCUGUAUUUGGAUUUUCUUUGAAACUCCACUGAGGAGCAUCAGGAAGGUGUUUCCGGCAAAGUGGAAGCAGACAGCUCAACCUGGCCUGGCGUGGCGCAGGAUGGGCCGUCUCCUGGGAGUGAGCUGCAUGCUCCUGCUCGUCCUGACCGCCUCCUUGUCUUCAGCCUCCCUUGUUCCCGAGGACUACGCAGCCGACGAGGCCGAGCACAACACCAACGACGUGCUGUUCGACGACUACCGCGGCAAAGGCUGCGUGGACGACAGCGGCUUCGUCUACAAGCUCGGCGAGCGCUUCUUCCCCGGCCAUUCGAACUGCCCGUGUGUAUGCACCGAGGAUGGACCCGUGUGCGACCAGCCCGAGUGCCCCAAAAUCCACCCCAAGUGCACCAAGGUGGAGCACAACGGCUGCUGCCCCGAGUGCAAGGAGCUCAAGAACUUUUGCGAGUACAGGAGCAAGACGUACAAAAUACUGGAGGAGUUCAAGCCGUCUCCGUGUGAGUGGUGUCGCUGUGAGCCGAACAGCGAGGUGCACUGUGUGGUGGCCGACUGCGCCGUUCCUGAGUGUGUUAACCCGGUGUACGAGCCGGAACAGUGCUGCCCCAUAUGUAAAAACGGUCCGAAUUGCUACGCCGGAACGACGAUCAUCCCGGCCGGCAUCGAAGUGAAGGUGGACGACUGCACCAUCUGCCGCUGCCACAGUGGGGACUGGUGGAAACCGGCGCAGUGUCUGAGGCGCGAGUGUCUCAACGGCCAGACUUCAUAAAAACUCUUACGGGUAAAAGAGAUGGAUAGAAACGUGAUUGACAGCAGCGCCCAGACACGGGGACCGCCCACCUCGAGGACACCGAGGGAGGGACUGACCGGCACGAGCACAAUACGGCUGGCUAAAGUGAGGCUGCUGAGAGACACACACACACUGAUACACUUUACAGCUCGGAGAUGUUGGAGUGGCGGAAACAUCAAAAGACGCUGUUGGGGUGUUUUUUUUUUUUUUUGAUUGUUUGUUUGUUUUCUUUUAAUGGCUUCACUGUAGGUUUAUUUCUCACGUAUGCUGCUCAAACACAGAGUUGAUCUAUUUCACGAAUCGGUGAGGGAUGAUAUUUAUUUAUUCGACGCAGUUUGGUGUGUAUCGUGACUGGAUACGAGCACAUUUCAACCUGGAGUCUGUCUUUAAUCUUCGUUGCAUUCAGAUGAGUGGGUUCUGAAACUUAAAGCCAGCUGUACACUGUGUGGUUUUUGCUGUGUUUAAAAAAAAAAAAAAGAAUUCGUUGGUCGAGAUUGCUGGUUUUUCUGGAAAGGGUG